AUGUCGUGGCUCUGGGACUGGGUCUCCGGCAUGCUUAAUUAUCUUGCAUCGGAGGAACUUUCACUUGAUGGUAUGCGCUUCACCACUUUUGAUCUUGGUGGACACGCACAGGCUCGGCGUGUUUGGAAGGAUUAUCUUCCAGCUGUAGAUGCAAUUGUAUUUUUAGUGGACUGCGCAGACCUUGGACGAAUUGAUGAAAGUAGACACGAGCUCGAAAGUCUGCUGAACGACGAACAAGUGGCAUCUUGUCCGAUACUGAUCCUUGGAAAUAAAAUUGACCGGCCGAAUGCGUUAGGCGAAGAGCAGCUGAAAUGGCAUUUGGGUGUAUCAAAUUCCACAACUGGAAAAAAACAAAUACCGCGCAGGGAUUUAUCUUCAAGACCGCUGGAAGUUUACAUGUGUUCGGUCCUAAGGCGACAAGGAUACGGCGAAGGGUUCAGAUGGCUAUCACAAUACUUGGACUAG